CACGAAACACUUGGCAAUGCUAUGAGCACAGCCUGAGACACGGAACUGGGAGGACUCCAGUUGCAGCAGAUGAAAAUGAAAGCUUUUAAGGAGAUAAUGUUGCUCCUGUUUCGAAGAGUGGAGGAUUCCGACUAAUUUGUCUUGGCCAGAGAAUGCACAUAUGCCAUUCCAUGGUGCAGAAAAAGUGUGAAGGAUCAUGGGAUGUGGCAUGGGAAAACUGCACCAGAAGCAAUGUGACCAAGUGAGCAUUUCUGUUCCAGGUAAAUUUUAUUUCAUUUCACCCCAUUCCUGUAGUUUGUUAGAUGAAAUGUGUUUUUAUGUGAAAUUUGAAUUUAUAUUUUACAUGCACUGAGAAGCUGCAACUGGUGAGUCUUAAAACUAAAUAAUGGAUACAAUUGCCUAGGAUGAUGAAUUAUAACAUCUUUUUAAAAUCUUAGCUAUCAAAGCAGCUCUGUUGAUCCAACGCUGGUAUCGACGGUAUGUUGCCCGGCUGGAGAUGAGACGCAGAUGCACAUGGAACAUCUUCCAGUCUAUCGAGUACGCCGGAGAGCAAGACCAGAACAAGGUCAUUUUUAUCGGGAAAGUUGACCGUUUUUAGUGACUGGGAAGCAUAAAGACCUGGUCUUCAUACAGUGCUGGCCAAAAGUAUUGGCACCCCUACAAUUCUGUCAGAUAAUGCUCAAUUUCUCUCGGAAAAUGAUUGCAAUUACAAAUGCUUUGGUCGUAAUAUCUUCAUUUAUUUUCCGUGCAAUUAAAAAACACAAAAGAGAAUGGGGGAAAAAAUGAAAUCAUUGUCAUUUUACACAAACUCCAAAAAUGGGCUGGACCAAAGUAAAAUCAUGUCGUGCUUCUCGAAUUUGUGUAAUUAACAGCACCUGUUACUUACCUGUGGCACAUAACAGGUGGUGGCAAUAACUAAAUCACACUUUCAGCCAGUUAAAAUGAAUUAAAGUUGACUCAACCUCUGUCCUGUGUCCUUGUGUGUACCACAUUGAGCAUGGAGAAAAGAAAGAAGACCAAAGAACUGUCUGAGGACUUGAGAAGAAAAUUUGUGAGGAAGCAAGUGCAAUCUCAAGAUGUGGACAGAAAAGAAAAAUUGACGAGAGAUUUCAAUGAAAGAUUGUGCGGAUGGUGGAUAAAGAACCGCGACUAACAUCCAAACAAGCUCAAGCUGUCCUGCAGUCCGAGGGUACAACAGUGUCAACCCGUACUAUCCGUCGGCGUCUGAAUGAAAAGGGACUUUAUGAUAGGAUACCCAGGAAGACCCCAUUUCUGACCCAGAGAAAUAAAAAAGCCAGGCUGGAAGUUGCUAAAACUUACCUGAGAAAGCCAAAAACGUUUUGGGAGAAUGUCCUCUGGUCAGAUGAGACAAAAUUAGAGCUUUUUGGGAAAAGGCAUCAACAUAGAGUUUACAGGGGGGGAAAAAACGAGGCCUUUAAAGAAAAGAACACUGUCCCCACAAGUAAACAUGGCGGAGGUUCCCUGGUGUCCUGGGGUUGCUUUUCUGCCUCUGGCACUGGACUGCUUGACCGUGUGCAUGGCAUUAUGAAGUCUGAAGACUACCAACAAAUUUUACAACGUAAUGUAGGGCCCAGUGUGAGAAAGCUGGGUCUCCCUGAGAGGUCAUGGGUCUUCCAGCAGGACAACGGCCCAAAACACACUUCAAAAAGCACUAGAAAAUGGUUUGAGAGAACGCAUUGGUGACUUCUAAAGUGGCUAGCGAUGAGUCCAGACCUGAAUCCCAUAGAACACCUGUGGAGAGAUCUGAAAAUGACAGGUUGGAGACAGCACCCUUCAAAUCUCUGAGACCUGGAACAGUUGGCCAAAGAAGAAUGGUCUAAAAUUCCAGCAGAGCUUUGUAAGAAACUCAUUGAUAGAUACCGGAAAGGGUUAGUCGCAGUUAUUUUGUCUAAAGGUUGUGCUGUAUUAGGCUGAGGGUUGCAUUUGAAGUGGGAGUGUGGCAGCGAAUUAACGCACCGUCACUGGCAGCCAAUGAGUUUGGCAGCGUCUGACCAAGCCAUGCUAGAAUUACUUUACUUUCAAUUGAGUAUGGAGUAAUUUAGUAUUCAAAGAAAAUACAUAUACAAAUAUUAUACAUAUACAUAUAUACAUAUUAGUGCUGUCAAGCGAUUCGAAUCGCAGUUCAUGAAAAUUUUGCAAAUUUAACUUUUUUUGUUAAAAAAAAAAUCCUUGACAUUUUAUCAAAUUUUAAUACUGGAGUCAUCAAGCAAUUAAAAGAUUAAUGGCCUGCAACAAUGAUUAUAUAUUUGAAGUUUUAAAUAAACACUUAUUAGCAUAGGAUGUGCUUACCUUAUAUAAUUAAAUUUUAAGCCCCAUUAGAAACGAGUUGGGCAACUUCACAUAUGUAAAGAUGAAUUAAACUUCCUCCUACCCCCAAUAACUUAAUAAAUAAAUAAAAAUUUAUAUAUCUUUAUUUUAUGUACUUAUUUUUUUAUAUAUAUAUAUUCAUCUAUACCUUAAUGAAAUAUACUGUUUAUUGUCAUUGGUUUAAUAUUAUUGAUAAAGUGAAAUGACCCAAAAAAGGAGAUCAAAUCAUUGAACUCACCAAAACGCUUGUCUUCCAAAGCAUCAAUAUAGUUCAUCUUUGCAUUUUAGGGGGGUUUGCGCCACUCAAUCCACCUCAGAGAGCCAUAUUUUGGGUUAAAAUGCCAAAGUUACGUUUUGCCUGAGAACAUUGAUUUCACACUCGAUUAUUUUAGUAGUCAAACAACCUAUGAAUUAGUUAGUUGGAAUAAUCGAGUAAUCGGAUUAGGGACAUAAAAAAAUUAAAAUACCUGAUCUUAGCCUCAAACGAUAUUUAAAAAAAAACAGAUAAAUGAGGACCUAAAUACAACAAAAGAACAAUUGGCCAACUUGCAUAGCUAACUAGCCACUAGCUUAAAUGCUAUAAAAUGCUAACAUUGUCUUUUUUACAAUGCUCUCAAAAUGUCCAAACACAUAUUCCCACAAAAAAAAAACAGCUAAAAAUACCAAGAAACUAAAUUACGAAUGCAUUAAAAAAACAUUAGCUCAAACAAAAACCUUAUGUUGGUCUUAACAGGGAGCAACUGGAUUCAGCCCUGUUAAAUGAGUUGUCAUAUUCACUGUUGCUACUAGAGGGCAGUGUAUCCACUCAGAUCAGAAGAAAUAAAUGCAAAGAUUUUUAAAACAAACUAUUAGAAUUUGAAGUUUUUUUCCGAAUUGAAUUACUUGAGUUAUUCGAUUAAUCAUUGCAGCACUAAUUUUAUAUAUAUGGCGGAAAACAGACAAGGCUCAAAAAGCAGUUUCCGCUCUUGCACCACUCUUUAAAAUAAAGUGCUGUAUUUUAAGCCAAAAGAACUGUUGUGUCUGAUAGAACAAUAUGUAUAUAUGCUGCCUUAGCAGAUUAAUGGCGCAUUAGGUCCCCAAACUAUUUUUAAUUUGUCCGUUUUACCCUGAAAACCCCCGUUUACAGACGUCGCACAACCGCUUUUGUUCAACCCAGCCAGAAAAAGGUAAUUAUAUUUAUUAUUCGAAAUGUCUGUCAUUUUUACCUUAGAAUCAUUAAUUGACAUCUAAUAUUUAGUUUAAAAAAAAAAAAAAAAAAAGACUAAUUAUUCACUCGCAUAUUUUAAACUUUUAAACAAAUUAUGUUACCAAAAAAAAAAAAAAAGUGUCUGUAAAUAAGUCACGGAUAUCUACCUGAUAACUAUCGCUUCACUGUAUUUAAUUGUGACUGUCGCAUUUUCCCCAAUAUUGUAGAUGAUCGAUCAAAACAAAGAUAAAUUGGAAAAAAAAAAGUAAAAAAGUGUAAAUAUAUGAAAAUCUCGACCACUCCUUGAUGUCUGCGAUUUCUGCACUGCGACCCUUGUUAUAUUACCAUGUUUCACCCAUAAAAUCCCCCCAAAAUCCAGCUGUGGCUAUUCACAGCUGUGUCUUGACACUUGGUGAUACAUACUACAUGGAGUUUUUCGAUCAAAAAGAGGUAAGUACGCAAUAAUAUCUCAUUCAAAUCACGGUGUCUUUAAUUAUGCUCCCUCAUGCUCUCACCUCCAGUUAGGGUUUCACUGUUUAAAAAUGUAUUUUAUUUAUUUAUUUAUUUUUUAAAAUCCCCUCCUAUUCAAAUUUUUUCUUCCCUCUGAAAAUUGAGAUUUUAAGCUUUCCAGUGAUGUAUCAUACAUGCAUAUAGACCCUACCCACCGACGUCACAAAACCACGUGCUCGCUGUGUGGUUCCGCCCACUUGUCUGUCAUUUUGUCUCUGUAUUAGCAUUGUUUUCAAUUGAUCGAGGAAUUUAAAAUGCAUUUCAUGGAAGACCCGGUGCUUUCUGAUGCCGUAAACUCACUGGAUGUGUUGCAUAAAAGGCGUUAUGUGGAAAAGCUUCGUUCUAUACAGUCGCCAGAUCCAUAUUUGAUGCCCAAAUCGAUGUUUUUCGACCCACUGUCUUCGCCCUGUCUGCAUGACAUCUGCUACGCUGAUAUUUACAAUUAUCUUGUCCAUACAAAAUCAGCCUAUUCCCACGAAAAUUUGAAAAACUUCAAGAGCUUGGAGGCUUAUAAAUACUUCGUUGCUGGUUGGGUGAAACAGGUCCUCGUUCGGCAGGAAUCUAUCUUGUGCUUGGAAAGGUGAGUUACGAAAUUUUCAAUUCAAAAUCUUUUGUUAUUGCUAACAUCCACUGUCAAGUCUAAUGUAUUUCAUGUCGUUUGUCAAUGGAGUUAAGGCUUUUAAUGUUUAUAUGGUUUAGCGAUAGCACUCUCACUACAUACAUACGUGUAUGUUGUCGGCGAUUAGCCUAGCAAUGAUCUUAAUUGUGGUUAUUUGUCAGCCCCGUAGACGAGGCCAGUUUCUUUCACUUGGUACCAGCUAAAUAUUAUUCAAAAAAUAACGAUGGUGGAAGAAAGGGAAGUCACAAACAUCUUGAAUUUGAAACUAUGUCGUACUACGUCGUAUGUUGUCGGCGAUUAGCCUCACAAUGAUCUUAAUUGUGGUUAUUUGUCAGCCCCGUAGACGAGGCCAGUUUUUCUUUCACUUGGUACCAGCUAAAUAUUAUUCAAAAAAUAACGAUGGUGGAAGAAAGGGAAGUCACAAACAUCUUGAAUUUGAAACUAUGUCGUACUACGUCGUAUGUUGUCGGCGAUUAGCCUCGCAAUGAUCUUAAUUGUGGUUAUUUGUCAGCCCCAAACCCUCUAAGUAUAUCUUAAAUGCAUCUUACCGGAUAUAAAAUGACUACUACAUAGUCUGUGGUGAUUUUUUGGUGCCCAGUUUUCACGUCGAAUUGCAGCCGUCCAUUUCGCUCUCUUUGGAUCCCUCGGAAUACGGUAAAACUUCAAGUCUCUCCUUCCAUCUUCUCUGUUAGUGCAACCAACAGCCACACACGCCUUCACCAUUUUGAUUAUUAAUGUUAAGGAGCAGAAAAACACGCCGUAAAUAGGAGAAAUGUACGUAGCCGUAACAGGUUAACACUAUGUUUUGACGGACAAGUGGGCGGUACCAUUCAGGAGAGCGGAGUUGUGACGUCACGUGGGUAGGGUCUAUAGGACAAUUUUGAAAUUUGGCCAUAUUGGGGUCUCAGAGCGGAACUUCAAGUCACCUAAGUGUUUUCAGCCAUUUAUAUAUGCAUACAGUAUGUAUAGUUUUAUUAUUUUUUUUAAAUGUGGUAUCGGUACAGCCGAUACCACACAGCCAGGUAUUGGAAUCGAUUUCGGUAACCAAAAAAAAUUUCCCCAAAUCACCAAAAUAUCACAUAAGGGUUCACAUAAAUGUGUAAAAAAUAAUAACCAUUUUUAGUCUUACUGUAAAAAGCUAAUGUUAUUCAAAAAUGAUCAUAUUGCGUCUCUUCACUGUGUGUGGGUCUGGAACAUAUCCACUGCGAUAAACAGCAAUUCACUAUAAUUCAAUUGCCUCUGUCUCUGAGUUGACCUAUUCAAAACUAACAUAAAUUAGGCUGGUAAUGGUUCCAAACUAUUUAUGAUGCAUGUUAUAACUCAAGGAAAAAAAAAAAAAAAUCACAUCAUCGUUCAUCCUUGCAGCUGCACAAUUUCUUUACUUUCUUGAUGGACCACUUCACCCCAGCCAGCAGUGAGCGAAACCUAAUAUCGCACCUCUUCCGUGAGAACGACAUCUGCUGUGAUACGGAAUGGGAGCGAUACUUUUGCUGCAAAAGUGUUGAGGUGCCUGACAGUUACACAGGACCUCGGCUAACAUUUCCCAUGACCUUCUGUGAUGUGUCCAAACUUGUGGAGGCCUUCAAGCGCAGACAACAGCUCCACGCGCGCUAUGUUCUGCAACUUCUUGAAGAAACUUGGAAGUUAUUGCGAAAUCUCCCAAACAUCAACCAAGUCUCCAUCUGCCAUACUAAGGAGAUAACCAUAUGCGGUGAUUUACAUGGACAACUUGAAGAUUUACUACUGAUAUUCUACAAGAAUGGUUUGCCUUCCACUGAGAAACCAUACGUGUUCAAUGGAGACUUUGUGGAUCGAGGCAAAAGCUCAUUAGAGAUCCUGCUUAUCCUCUUUGGGUUCCAGCUGGUCUACCCUAACAAUGUCCAUCUAAACAGGGGCAACCAUGAGGACCAUAUAAUUAACCUGAGGUACGGAUUCACCAAAGAAGUGCUGGGAAAAUACAGGGUGCAUGGAAAAAAGAUACUGAAGCUUCUCCAGAAGAUCUUCAGUUGGUUGCCUCUGGCAACCAUAGUAGAUCACAAAGUGCUCAUUGUGCAUGGAGGAAUCUCCGAUGCCACGGACCUUGAUGUAAUAGCCAGACUGGACCGACAUAAAUAUGUCUCGACCCUAAGGCCUCCCAAGCAAAGCCUUCACACCUCAAGUAGCAACACUAGGAUACCGAACUCGGACAUUCUGGUGGAAAGUCGACGCCGAGCUCACUCCCUGACUAACCAGAACCCGGCUCCAGCUGGAAGACAUGAUUUCCCGCGCCGCUCACUCCAAAACUCAUCCAUCUGUGGAAAAAUCUCCUGGUCAGUGGAGAAGGAGUUGAAUAAGAAACAAAGGCAGAUCGACUUUCAUCCUUAUGGAGAUAUGAAGAAGUCAGACUCUGACUCAGACACUGGGGGAUCCGUAAGAGAUUAUGAUGAGUGGAAACAAAUAGUGGACAUGCUGUGGAGUGACCCAAUGCCCCAGAAUGGCUGCAUCCCAAAUGAAGUGCGAGGCGGCGGCUGCUACUGGGGCCCGGAUGUCACAAAGGAUGUUCUCAGACGGCACAACUUGAAGCUCCUCAUCCGGUCGCAUGAGUGUAAACAGGAAGGUUAUGAAUUCUGCCACGAUCGUCAGGUGCUGACUAUUUUCUCAGCUUCCAACUACUAUGAAUUUGGCAGCAACAGAGGAGCUUACAUCAGGAUGGGCCCCAAUCUGAACCCUCAUUUGGUUCAGUACCAAGCCAGCAGGACAUGCAGAGAGCUAACCCUGCGACAAAGUAUCAGCUGGACAGAGAGGUCGGCCUUGCAAGCUCUGCAGCAACAACUGUUUAUCCACAAGUCAGAUCUCAUCAGUGCCUUUCAGGCAUUUGAUCCAAACAACACAGGUUGGAUCUCCACGAGAGAUUGGGCCAGUGCCACAGAGCGCACUCUGAAGCUUGGUCUACCCUGGAGGGUCCUGCGCCCUCAGAUUGUCAGCAGCACCCAGCAUGGCAUGAUGGAAUACAAACAAUGGAUCAGGGAGCUGUCCUUCACAGAUUCUCACCUGAAGAUCUCAGGAACCAGCAUUCUUGAGAUAAUGUACAAGAACCACUCAAAUCUUGAAACCAUCUUCCGGAUCAUUGACACAGAUCACUCAGGUGUAAUCUCAAUGGAGGAAUUUGGUAAAACCUGGAGACUUCUUAGCUCUCACCUCAACAUGCAGGUCAGCGACAAGGCCGUGGCAGAUUUGGCUGAUAGCAUCGACUUUAACAAGGAUGGGGUCAUUGAUAUCAACGAGUUCAUGGAGGCAUUCCGCUUGGUCUCAGCACAAGAGGAGACUUGCGGCAGUGACUUCACCAUGCAAACCCUGAGUGUAACUGAAAAUGUUUGACUAGAGCAGGGGUCAGCAACCUUUUUGGUGUAGAGUGCCACUUUCAAAUUUUCUUGUCAAUCAGUGUGCCACCCCAAGAUUAAUGACGCGCAUCCGAAUUUUUAUAUCCGGCAGAGCUGUAAUUUUACUCCAAAUAAAAAAAAACAUGGACAUACAUUUAAUUUGUAUAACUACCAUUCGUCUUCAUCAAUUAACUAAAAACUAAUGCAUAUUGUAGAAAAUAUCAAAACUUGAAAAUAAGUGCAACAGUAAUAACAGCUGUACAGCUGUACCAUUUUAUGCAAACAUAUCACACACACACACACACACACACACACCAGCACGCAAAGGGGAACAGGUGUGAUUCUCAGUGCAGGUCUCUCACAGUACAGAGAGCCUUCAAAGUCAGAACAGCCGACUCUUACAUUUUGUCUUGUUCACUCGCAACUUAAACAGUGAAUUAUAUGCACAAUUUUAUAUUUUAUAUUACAAAUAUAAAAGAUGCCCACUUUAAUGUGUUCCUUGGCCCUGUUUUCUAUGAAUUUUCAUGUUUUGUCUCGUAGUGGCGUUUGACACUUGUUGUGCGACACACAACACCCUCGAGGCAUAAUGCACAAAAGAGCUACCGGAAGUAACCAGGCAACCAGUUGUUACCGGUAUCCCCAAGGGGCCGCUGUCUCCUACAAUAUGAUCGGCUUACUAGUUAAGCGUAGAAGAAGAAUUGGGAGUCUGUGCGAGAAAAAGAGAGGGAGCAAAGGAAGGUGUUGAGAGAGAGUGGAGAGCGCCGUGAAAAGGAGAGAAGAGGCUGUGUCCCCCGCUGGUUUUUGUUUUGUUUAAUAAAAGUCUCCAGUAAAACGCCAUCCAACGCGUCACAGUGUUUUUAUACACAUUGCCACCUCUCCGAAGUAAGCACCGGACGAAUCGACGGCAACGAGCCACGUUAAUCGCCGGUCCACUCCAUACUACAGUGCAAGCAUCGCUUCACCCGCUGCCCUGACCUGACAGCUGGCAAUCGGGGUCCAACUGGAGUGUUGCGAUGCGCCGGGACAGGGGUGUACAGUCCCGUAUCUUAAGCGACCGGCCUCCGCACCGGGGCGAGGGUGUGACCUCGGGAUCUCAAUUCAAAGUUAAAGUGACGGGGCUCCCAGCGCGGACGCCGGCGACUCGCCGGCUGUGUACUCGCUUACUGGCCCGCCGGUGUUCUGUCAGAACACCUGUUCUAGGUUGCAAAUUUUGUCAGAACACCGGCCUCCACGCUGGGGCUUGGAGUAACAGCACCAAAAAGUGCAGAUUGGUGACACUGUGUACUUCCGCCAGCUCUCUGACUGGUUGGCUUCGUGACACGUUAGUAGCGGGUGCUGAAUUGAGCGCGCAGAAUUGAGCGCGCAGAGGGGGAAAAAAAAACGACGAGCGCAGGAAUCGAAAAAUUGAAGAGCUGGAAGUGUGCUCAAAAUCCAUAAUUGUUCGCAAAUAACGCUAUAGGCAGAGGGGUCGGGAGGGACGCUCCUGUAAAGCCCUAAAUAACAGGGCGUGCAACUAAAAGUGUCUUAAUUUCAGGUAAAAAAAAAUAUAUAUAUUUUGCCAUGCGCUCGCGUGUCACUGGUUAACCCUUCACGUGCCAGUGCUGACACGCGUGUCAUAGGUUGCCGACCCCUGGACUAGAGGAUGGACCAGAGACAUCACUCGGGCCACUGAUGAAAAGUUUCUAGGUACAGAUACUGGGGACAAACAAAAAAAAAGUGUCGAGUUAUGAUGAAGAAUAAAGCAUGUUUUCACUGGCUAAUGAUUUUCAUAUUUUAUGGCCAAGAAAUUUGUGAUUUUUAGGCAGGGGCGCUGGAAGUCACUCACAGCAGGGGGUGCUGAGGAUCUUUUUUAGCGUUUCCCAUUUAGGGUUGCCAACAGUCUGGAUUAUGCGAAAAAACCCGGAAUGUAGGAAGUUCUGAUUGGUACCGCCCGCCACCGACGGAACCAAUUGGAACUUCCUAAAUUGCGGGUUGUCCUGCACAAUCCUGGACUGUUGGCAACCCUCUUUCCUUCCAAAACCAGCUGUUUCGGUCCAAAUUUGCCAUGCUCACACGUUUUCUCCACAAUGGCAGUACACACGCAUGCUGGAUAGUUUUACUACUACUAGGCUACUACAAAGACAGCUUUCUAUUUCACCUACAGUGUGUGUUGGAGUUUUUGUGUUGGAAAUACAAGCAAAUCAGUGCAGCUAGACGGCCCAAUGACACAUAAACACGUUUGAAAACUAGAAACUGCAAUUUCGGGAGAAAUUACACCUUGGUCUUUCCUCUGUGGAGAUACAAAUCUUAGCCCCACUCAGGUCUAUUAAUAGAAUGGACCAUAAUGCCUGUCAAUGGCACUAAACAAAGUAAAAGCCAUUAGAAAUGAUUGGGAGAAUUGGACGUCCAUGGACGUCAAUGGCAUCACCCUCCAUGAGCAGCAAUACAAUCGGGGACAUUUGGGGGACACGUCCUAUUGAUAUUUAGUCAUUUUCUGUUGAUUUGGGAGAAGAAAAAAAAUUUCCCAUUGAAAAUGAAUGGGAAAAAUUUUCGACGUCCAUAGACGUCAAUGGUUUCAACUUACAUAAGCGUCAAUGGAAUCCAAGUACAUUGGCAUCAAUAGAAUGAACA